ACUUCAGUGUGGCCACAGACACAUCCCUAAUCUGGACACACUCAUGUGGGCUCCCACGUGCUGGAGCGACCUGGGCUCUCCCCAGCCCACACUCCCCUGUUCCUGCCACUGGGCAGCCUGGCGCUCAACCCGCACCUCCGGGGGGAGCAGGAAGGCGGAGCUCACUCCUCAGGUGUGGCCCGGACAUUUCCCCGGCGCGAGCCCAGAUUGGGAACCCCAAAUCCUGCUCGGGGAUUUAGCCAGAGCCGAGUCCCGAGACGUGAGCUACCAGCUUCGGGCGAGUCACGCGGAGAGAAAGCACCAGCCAGCGGCGGCCCGGCCUGAGCUCGGGGUCUGGGGCCUCGCUCUUCCCGCCUUCCCUGGCGCGCCCGCGGCCCGCGGCUCCCGGGGCGGGAACCGAGCAAAGGUCCCAGCCGCACGCACGCCCGCACCCCCCCCCCCCCAAACUUGCCCCCGCCCCGGGCCCGCCCGCCUGGGCUCCCGGGACUCAGGGCACGCGGCUGCGGGACUGCACGGCCGGCCCAGGAGGUAAUUUGACACUUUCAAAAUGUUUGCCAAAGCAACAAAGAAUUUUCUUAAAGAAGUAGAUGCAGGCGGCAACUUGAUUCCAGUCUUGAACUUGAAUGACUCUGAUAAGUUACAGCUUCUUAGUUUGGUCACCAAGAAAAAGAGAUUCUGGUGUUGGCAGAAACCCAAGUACCAGUUUUUGUCUGUCACCCUUGGAGACAUACUCCUCAAAGACCAGUUUUUGAGUCCAGUGGUCGUGGAGUCAGAGUUUGUGAAAUACGAAGGCAAGUUUGAAAACCAUGUGAGUGGGAGCAUCGAGACGGCACUGGGGAAGGUCAAGCUGAAUGUGGGAGGCAAAGGCCUGGUGGAGAGCCAGUCUUCCUUUGGAACUCUGAGGAAGCAGGAGGUAGACUUGCAGCAGCUCAUCCGAGAUUCCGUUGAGAGAACGAUGAAUAUGAAAAAUCCCGUGCUGCGGCAGGUGCUGGAGAGGAAGAAUGAGGUGCUGUGUGUCCUGACGCAGAAGAUAGUGACAACACAGAAGUGUGUGAUAUCUGAGCACAUUCAGAUUGAGGAGAAGUGUGGCGGCAUGGUGGGCAUCCAGACCAAGACAGUGCAGGUGUCAGCCUCGGAGGAUGGCAGUGUCAUCAAGGACACCAAUGUGGUGCUGGAGAUCCCGGCGGCCACCACCAUCGCCUAUGAUGUCAUCGAGUUGUAUGUGAAACUAGAUGGGCAGUUUGAAUUUUGCCUCCUACAAGGAAAGGAUGGUGGCUUCGAGCAGGAGAGGAAAAGCGGCCCUGUCUUCCUGGAUCCCCUGCCCUUCCAAGAGUUUGGGGACAUGCCAGAUGGCAGGCAGGAGCCCUCUAAACCUGAUGGACGGUUGAGUGUGUUAAAACAAGCGACUCUGCUCUUGGAGAAGAACUUCCAUCCUUUUUUGGAGCUACCAAAGCAACACCAGACAGCUCUGAGUGACAUCCUCCAGGUGGUCCUGUUUGAUGAUGACUUACUCCUGGUCCUGGAACAAGUGUGUGAUGAUGUGGUCAGCGGGCUGUCACCCUCUUUGCCGGUGUUGGGGGAGUUGAAGCCCCCUCAGGAGGAGCACCUCAUGAACUUCCUGCGACUGGUGGGGUACAGUGUGCAGGGAAGGUGUCCAGGACCAAGGGGUGCAGUCAGCAACCAGAAGCUCUUUUCUACAGCUUAUUUCCUAGUCAGCGCACUAGCAGAAAUGCCAGAUAAUGCAGCAGCUCUGCUGGGUACUUGCUGUAAGCUCCAGAUUAUUUCUGUACUCUGCCACAUGCUCCGUGCUUUGUCUAAUGAUGGAGUAUCUGAUCUUGAAGACCCAGUCUUGGCGCCUCUGAAAGAUACAGAAAGAUUUGGGAUCGUGCAGCGUUUGUUUGCCUCUGUUGAUAUUAACCUGGAGAGACUGCAGUCAUCUGUGAAAGUCAUCAUUCAGAAAGACACUCAUGUUUCCCCACUAAUUCUUUACAUUAGCUUGAAUGGACUCUGUGCUUUGGGAAAAGCAAAUUAGUAACACAUGUAAGCACUUUUACUGACCAAUGCUGGAUAUUUUUCAGCAUCGUAAUACCCAAAUCAAAAUAUUUGGGGGCUUAGGUCAGAUCCACAUUAAAGUUGAUCAGUGCGGUGAAUUUACAAAAGCAGGAUCCUCACACUUUGUACUAUGUGUGCUUAACCUACUGCGCCAUUGCCUCUUUCCCUCUUUAUCUCCCCCUCCCCGCUUGAUUUCUACCUAAUAAAU